AUGUGCUUGUUUCGUCAGCUUUACAGGUGAGUUGCGGAGUCGUGCGAUCCGUUUCCUCAUCAGAAUCCUCUUUUCAGCCCCACCACUGUUGUUGCACUUUUUGCUCUCCUUAUCUUGGUUCCAACGCCAUCAGACGCGAGCAUUCGGCUCUGCGGAUCACGCCUCACGACCACCCUUCUGGCCGUCUGCCGGAACCAGCUUUGCGAUGGAAUGAGAGCUUUCAAACGUGAGUCCGUGGGUGGAGGAGACAUGAAACUUUAAUGAUGGAGUGCGUUUAAAACAUGCGAUUCGGACUAAUCAUGCCCUUUCUCUGUCUCUGGUUUUUGUGCGAUAAUUGAUGAUUUCUGGCAAUGACGCGCGAGAAGGUUAGUCUAGGAAAUUCGAGAAAUUGUCAUGUUGUGAGUGCCAACUCAUCACGAGCACAAUCCCAGUCUAUGACGUCUUCUGAUCCUUGAACUAUUCCAGGCUCUUCCCCUUCCUACGACUCCACGUGGCUCCCUUCUACACGGGAUCUUUUUCACAUCCAUCACCAGCAAAAACGCGGCGGGAUAGCGACAGAGUGCUGCGAGAAGCGGUGUUCGUUCGCCUACCUCAAGUCAUUCUGUUGCGUCGACGAGGACGACGCCAUCUGA